CAUCAUUCCCAUUCCACCAAUAACUGAUCUUCGCAAUCCCCAUUGAUGGCAUCAGCAUCAUCUUCUUUAAAUCAGACCCAUUAAAUGCCAUCCAAACAUUUCCAUUACUACACAUCAGUUCAAAAACUUAAAUCCCUUGUCCAAUUGGAUUUUUUGGUCGAAAGCCCCUCUCUUUAAUCACUCUGCCUUUUUUUAGGUUUUUUCCCUUUUGUCUUUUUCAUCACUUUCCAACACUUGCCUUGAAAGCAUAAGCAACCAGUUUAGCAAAAGCUCUCAUCCACUCGUUAUAUAUUUCUUAUAUAUAUAUAUAUAUAUAUAUAUAUCCAGGCAGAGCCGUGAAUUUAUUAUACAAGUUUUCAAGGUUGUUUCUCCUGUUUGAUUCAGUUGUCUUACCCAGUGGAUAUGGGUAUGACAAGGGAGAGACCCAUGUUUUAUUGGGUGUUGAUUUGUAUGUUGUUCAGUUUUGUAUUGACCGAGGCAGCUCCUCAAACUGCUCUGGUAACAAAGCUUCCUGGCUUUAAUGGCACUUUUCCAUCCAAGCACUAUUCAGGGUAUGUGACCAUUGAUGAAAAUCAUGGGAAGAAAUUGUUUUACUAUAUGGUGGUGUCUGAAAACAACCCAUCAGAGGAUCCUGUUGUUCUGUGGCUCAAUGGGGGACCUGGUUGCUCCAGUUUUGAUGGUUUUGUUUACGAGCAUGGGCCAUUCAAUUUUGAGGCAAGGACUCAAGGAGACCUCCCCCAACUGCAUCUCAAUCCAUACAGCUGGUCCAAGCUUUCCAACAUCAUAUAUCUGGAUUCUCCUGCUGGGGUUGGGUUUUCUUACUCGGAAAACUUGACCGAUUACAGAACUGGUGAUCUCAAGACUGCAUCUGAUUCCCAUGCAUUUAUCCUCAAGUGGUUCGAGCUAUACCCAGAAUUCCUCUCCAAUCCAUUCUACAUUGCUGGGGAAUCGUAUGCUGGGGUGUAUGUACCAACUCUUGCUUAUGAAGUAGUAAAAGGAAUUAAGGGUGGUAUCAAGCCCAUUCUCAACUUCAAGGGUUACAUGGUUGGAAAUGGAGUUACCGAUGAGGAGUUUGAUGGCAACGCUCUUGUUCCGUUCGCUCAUGGCAUGGGCCUAAUCUCAGACGAGCUAUUUCAGGACAUUAGCAAUUUAUGCCAGGGGAACUAUUAUAAUUCCCUUGAUGAAAACUGUGAAAGCAAGCUUUCAAAAGUUGAUAAGGACAUUGAAGGUUUGAACAUCUACGACAUUCUAGAACCCUGCUAUCACGAAAAAAGCCCGGAGACUUCACUUGGUAACAUUAGGUUACCAUCAAGCUUCCAAAAAUUAGGUGAGACUGAUAGGCCAUUUGCAGUGAGAAAAAGGAUGUUUGGUCGUGCGUGGCCUCUUAGAGCUCCAGUAAGAGAAGGACUUGUUCCAACCUGGCCGCAGCUCCUUAACAGCGGGAGCGUUCCUUGCACUGAUGAUGAAGUAGCGACUUCAUGGCUGAACAACAAAGCAGUUAGGGAAGCAAUUCAUGCUGCACUGGAAAGUGUGGCCGGUAAGUGGGAGUUAUGCACGGACAGAAUCCUAUAUCAUCAUGAUGCUGGGAGCAUGAUCAAGUACCACAAAAACCUAACUUCCAAUGGAUAUCGGGCACUUAUAUUCAGCGGGGACCAUGAUAUGUGUGUUCCAUACACGGGGAGCCAAGCAUGGACAAGAUCAGUUGGAUACAAGGUUGUGGAUGAAUGGAGACCCUGGUUUUUUGAUGAACAAGUUGCAGGGUAUGUACAAGGGUAUGAGAACAACCUCACUUUCCUUACUGUAAAGGGUUCUGGGCAUACUGUACCAGAAUACAAGCCAAGAGAGGCAUUGGCUUUUUAUAGCAGAUGGUUGACAGGAAGACCGAUAUGAAGGACAUCUAUUUGAGGGCACACUUGGUACUUCUAUUCUUAUAUCUUCAGUUGUUGUGGCUCAUGAAUAUGGAUAAAACUUAAUACUAUAUAAAAUGUGAUAAAUAUUUUAUCAAGAAAUUAAUCUAUUUAAUGAGAGAAUGGCUGCCAUGAUUGAGCAGUCCCUAUGCUAUGUUAAAAGUCAA